AGAGGUGAAAGUGACGUGAACGCUGAUAACGUCUCUGACGGAAAGCCGAGCUCGGUGUUUAUAGCAUGGGAAGUCUUCGGUAUUUAAACGCGUAGUCGUGUAUAUUUGCGUGUUACGCGCGUGUGUUUUGUGUCCGCAAGGCGCCAUAGUGUCGGAAACAGGCGGCAGAACCGGAGCGAAACGCAGCAGUGAGAAAGCGGUGCGACUCGAGCUGUAAUGCACCUUAAUGUGGGCGUGUAAAAGCUGUCCUCCGUGUCUGCGUGUAAAAGCUGUCCUCCGUGUCUGCGUGUAAAAGCUGUCCUCCGUGUCUGCGUGUAAAAGCUGUCCUCCGUGUCUGCGUGUAAACUCUGUUCUCCGUGUCGGCGUGUAAAACCCUGUACGUUCUCAUGCCUGCAUUGGAGUUCAGUCGUCUUUUCUUUUAGGAUUUUUUGACAUCUCUGUAAUGGGCGUUAAUGUGUCAGAAAAAGGAAGUGGCAGGUUGAUAGAAAUGUUUCUUUAAUUUCAUCAUCGUUUCCUUUUCAGCCCUUUACAAGGACGAUCAUUUUGCAAUUACAUCUGGAUCCGGUGAUAUUAAGCAGUUAAAGGUUACAUCAGUAGGAAUUAUCUUUUUUCUUCCAAACUAGUCUACAAGGAGAAAUCUUUUACACUGUGGACUAUUAGCUGGCAUCCUACCGGUGUUUCCUCCAGGUUCUCUGGUUUCCUUCCCCAGCCCAACACACACGUUGUAUGCUGAUUGGCAUCUCUAAUUUGUCCACAGUGUCUUCUGGGAUAGACUCCAGUGACCCUGAUAAGUGGUUCAGAAUGUAUCACAAGAACAUGAUAUAUUCAUUAUUCCGUACAUAGGAAUAAUGCUUCAUUAUUAAUGUAUAACCUAACAAUAAUUCUGAAAAUAAUUAUUUUUUUCCCUUUCACAGUAUUUUAUCCCAUCACCUUGAAUAAGAGCACAGUCGUCUGCUGUCUCUAGCCUUAGACUGCCAUGUCUAUAAUCCAGUCACUGCACACACGACCAAUAAAAAUGUAGUGAUUCAUUUCCUAGAAUUUAUUGUGCUUUUCUUUAGUCAAGGAAAAGGCUGCUCAUGUGUUCAGGCAACAAAAGAAUUAAUCUGUGCCUUUGAGUCCUGCUCUAAAUAUAAAGGACAUGGAAAACUCCUGAAGGUCAUUAUGCUGGGGUGUGUGUGUGUGUGUGUGUGUGUGUGUGUGUGUGUGUGUGUGUGUGUGUGUGUGUGUGUGUGUGCAGUGUGUGUAGUGUGUCGAGCAUGAAGACUGGAGGGUUUAAAUAUAACCCAAGACACACCUCUGAUUUAACUGUGCUGAUCUCAUUAAGCAUGUCUAAUUUUCCUGCCUUGCAAUAUCAGCAUCUCUGUGAUUCAACCAAAUAAGCAAAUACAGCUCAGGACAUAAUCAGCAGGAGCAAUUUUCAUUAGUCUUGCAGCUUAGUGUGGAGCAGUUGAUGGGAUUUAAGCCAUGUUAUAUGGUUCAUCUUGUCUCUUUUUUAGCAUCUCACCUCAUUUGUUCUUGAAUCCUACUGACUCUGGAAAAGAUACCGAUGGUGAGACGCACGCUUAAGCCAGGGAAUGUCAUACUGUGAUUUCAUUAUAGUCAGAAUGAAGCUUUUUAAUCAGAAUGUUUUUUUUAUCUGCACAUUUGUGUCAUUUAGGGUUGUUUAGAAAGAUGCACACUUAAGAGAUGCGAGCAGCUGUGUUCCUGACACUGACCCUCAUUCGGGAAAGCAUAAUGUCACAGACAGCUAGCUCAAGGACCUGUGUUAGAGACACUGUACAGCACAUCACCUGAUCAGUGAACCUUUAAAACAUAGCUGACAGAUUUUGCAUUACAUUGUUAUAUUGUAUUUGUAAAAGGGGAAAGCUCUAAACAGUGAAUUGUUGCGUUUCACACUGGGGAUUUUCAGGCAGAAUGAGUUUUCAGGGUGUGUUUUUGUGUGUAGGGGGUCUGUAUCUUGCAAAGCUUUAAUGAAGCGUUACUGUGUCAAAACAAUCAAGAACAGUUAUCAGAUUCCUGACGACACCAAUGACAUCCAUGGCCGGGAGUCUGGGAGCACAUAAUAAGCACUGCUCUAUUCCUCUGGGAAAGAAUGGAGCACCAGAGGAAUCCUGAUGUCCCAUCAUCUACACAAGAACUGAAAACAUCUACAGUGGACUCCACACUUCAUCCAGACUCAGAGAGCUGUUCCUCUGCACAGAGCACACCACUUGUAGCCACUAGGCCAAGGAGGCCUCAGAGAUCCCCCCGGGUAGAAGGAUCCACUGAGAUAUCACAGCCUGAUCUCCCAGACUAUCCUGAAUUGACCCAGGGGAAAGCCGACUCUUUUGUUCCCAACAAGGCCAGCCAACCAUCAGGUCCAGUCCAACAGCUUCAUGAUGACAGACCCCCUGCUUUGGCUGGACAUGCUGCUGCAGCGAGGAGCCACAUGUCAAUGAGAGCAGCCUCGCUUCCUCAGGCACCGUCCUACAAACCACCACUGACAGAUCCCUCUGUUCACCCUCAGCGGGCACUCUCUGUAGCUGGGACAUCUGAUACAAAGCCUCACAUGGAUGAUGAUUUCAGAGUGCACAUAAUCACAUGGAACGUGGGUUCAGCCAUGCCCCCAGAUGACAUCACUUCCUUGUUGGGGCUGAACGUAGGUGAUGGAAAUACAGACAUGUAUAUCAUAGGAUUACAGGAAGUGAACUCUAUGAUCAAUAAACGGCUGAAGGACGUCCUUUUCACUGACCAGUGGAGUGAAGUCUGCAUGGACACUCUCAGCCGCUUUGGAUAUGUGUUGGUGACAUCCCAGAGAAUGCAGGGUGUACUGCUGCUGGUGUUUUCUAAGUAUUACCACCUGCCGUUGAUCAGAGGCAUACAGACUGAAAACACACGCACAGGGCUGGGGGGAAUCUGGGGAAAUAAGGGUGGAGUAAGUGCUCGGAUGAGCGUGUUCGGCCACGCAAUAUGCUUCCUGAACUGCCACCUGCCAGCACACAUGGAGAACUCAGAGAAGCGCAUGGAAGAUUUUGAGAGCAUCCUGCAGCAGCAACAGUUUGAAGGUCAAGCCGCUAUGGGAGUUCUGGAUCAUGAUGUUGUUUUCUGGUUUGGGGAUUUGAACUUCCGGAUUGAAGACUUGGAGAUGCAUGUGGUUAAAGCAGCUAUUGACAAUAACAAACUUUCUAUGCUGUGGGAUAAAGACCAGUUAAACAUGGCCAAAGACACUGAGACGGUGCUGGAAGGCUUCCAGGAAGGACCUCUGAAAUUCCAUCCUACCUACAAGUUUGAUGUGGGAACAGACACGUACGAUACCAGUGGGAAAAAGCGUAAGCCUGCAUGGACUGAUCGCAUUCUGUGGCGUAUAAGGCCCAUGGCUCCAGCAAGCAGCACAUCUAAGCGUAGCUCAAUAUCCGGCCUCACCAGCGGCACUCGAGUUACACAGCACUUCUACCGCAGUCACAUGGAGUACACUGUGAGCGACCACAAGCCCGUCUCCUCUAUCUUCACCCUGCAGUUCCCAUAUAAAGUGGACAUCCCGUUGGUGACCCUGAUUGUAGAAGAUGAAUGGAGGGAAGUGACUGAUGCUGUGGCCAAAUUUAAGGUGGCACACAAUUACUCCAGAAGCUCCUGGGACUGGAUUGGACUUUACAAGGUUGGAUUUAAACAUCAUAAAGACUACGUGGGUUACACUUGGGCUAAACAGGAGGAAUCCGAUUACCUGAGACAGGAGCAUCUCGUUACCUUCACAGAGGAAGAGUUACCAAAGGAGGCUGGUGACUACAUUUUGGGUUACUAUAGCAACAAUAUGAACUCUGUUGUUGGGGUUACUGAGCCAUUCCAGAUUCAGUUGCCCUCAUCCAGCGCUGCUGGUCUCAGUCCCUCUGACAGCUCGGAUUUUACCUCUGAGGAUGAGGUAAAGAAGGGCAGCAGCAGCAGCAGCAGUAGCCGCAGUGCCACGCCUACUGGCCAAGAGGGAAACUCGCACAAACAGCGCUCCCGGCACGACUCCUCCCAUUCCGCUUCCAGCUCAAAGGCCGGCAGCCCCGUUAAAACAAGCGACUCCUCAGAAGGUCGAGACUCAUACUCAGGGAAAAACAGCAAAAAGCCACAAGUGCCCUAAACCUGCUGGCAAGCAGCACAGGAGCUGGAGGAUUCUGACUUGUGCUUUUGCUGUGUCAUAUUGUUGUUCAGUGGAGUCUUCUACUUUAUGUGGCAAGAUAGAGUUAGUGCUUUAGUAGCUCUUCUUCUAGGAGUUAAGAUGGAAUUUAUGUCAUCUGAUUCAUAUUCAUGCUAUAUGUCAUUCUCCCUUUUCUCUUCCCCCUGUUUUAAGCUACAUUCAGCUACAAACAAUUCUGGGACUUUUACAAAGAGCAAAGCACAAUAGUUCAAUGAAAAAUGUAAUUGUUUCCAAUGUGUAAUUCUUUGUAUAUUCACUCAGCACACACUGCUGGGGUGUUUGUUGAGGGCAUCACAGUCUUUCCUAAGUUUCUAUAGAAUUGCCCGGUUUUUAUGUUUUCAUGUUUUCUUUUGGGUUUUUUUGCUGAUAACAAAGCGUUUAUAUUUUCUAUAACUAAACUGUCAGGACUCAUCUGGGGCAUUGGUUUCUUGUAAAUUUACUGUCAGUGUAGUGACCAGCUCCUUCAUCAGCUAAGCAUCCUAUCGUCCGCAGUAUGUGAGGACAAGGUCAAUCCAGAUUGAUUUCCAUUCUAACCUCCACAUACAGAUAGUAGCUCCUGAUCCUGUGAAAUGUUUUACAGCUCCUUCUGUGCACUCAGAGACUCUGCUAUGUGAAUUUCCAAUCAUGUAAUUCAACCUUUGUAAACUUUCAGCUUGGUGGUUAUUAGUCUUCUUGUCAUUACAGAAAGAAACUCUUAGCUCAUAUUCUUCCGCUUCUCUUCCAAUCAUAUGUUAAAUUGAUUUAAAGGGGAAAAAAACACAAAUUUGCAUUGGCAAGAGCAAAUUCAUACUUUGUGAAUAAAUUAUACAACAAUAUUUAAGCUAAUCUAGUUAGAUUUGUGGAAGAAUGUUGUCUAAACGUUCUUGUGCUCGGUUAGAUUUGAUCUGAAGUCUCACACAGUAUAUCAUCACUGCUGUAACCAUAACUGUGGAGAUUCUGUGAUCUGUUUCAUCUUGUAAUUUCUAGGAUUUGUCCUGUGUGGUGAAGAUCUCUCUCUCUCUCUCUCUCUCUCUCUCUCUCUCUCUCUCUCUCUCUCUCUCUCUCUCUCUCUCUCUCUCUCUCUUUCUCUCUUGCUCUCCCUCCCUCCCUCCCUCCCUCUUAUUAGCAGUUCACAGUGCAGUGCAGUUCUCAGUAGCUGUAGUCCAGUAGCUGGUCAAUCUCAGUGCACCGUUUAGGACCAGGAGUUCUCUUGGUGUACUCACAGUGUACUAUGUAAGUGUAAGGGUGUGUGUAUCUGUGUGUUUAUGUGUGUGACUGUAGAUCACGCACAACAUACUGUGCUGUCGAAUUCCUUUUAAAAGUGCAGACAUGUAAAACAGCAAAAUUCAAACAUGACCCUUAAACUUUGUCUGAUAGAAGGAAGAAGAUCUAAGUGUUUUUGUAGUUUUGUGCUUUUUUUAAUUAAUUAGUUUAUUUUAUAUUUUAUUUGAAGUACUGUUGAAAUAGAUUUGAAGCAACAACGCAACAAGAGUGAUGUGCUCUUUACACUCACAUCGCGUUCACACAUACAGUGAUUUUUAUCUAUGACGAGUCUCCAGUCUCUGUUCUAUAAAGUCAUCAGUAGCUGUUCCUACUAUUGGUUGCCAUAGUAACAGUGUCACGUCCCUGGACACAAACAUAUCUGGUCACUGUUGCUGGAUAUUGCAACUUUCAUUGGACUUGAACUUGUGACUUUGUCACUACAAUUCUGUAUGUGUGAACGUAGCAAAUGCCUCUAUUUUGUCCCUACUGGAAUAAGACUAACAUUUUUUUUAGAAUUUUUUAAUUCAGGUGGUUUUCACACUAGUCACGCUUCUGUGCUUCACACCCAAAACUCCAAAGUGUAAUGUUCCUUGCUUUAAAAAUCUAAAUUCAUACAGAUAGCUGGAUUUCACCAUCUUCGGCUUAAAUCCCAGCCUGUGUGUUGUUUUAGUUAAAAGUAGUGGCAGCUGACCAGUCACGGUGCUUAUCAGACUUACUCAGAGUUCAAAUCAUAUUUGUAGCUUUUUACAACUUUUACUCCUCCUGAGAGUCACAGCAAAACAUUUGGGCUAGAAAUCUGUUUUAAUGAAGGACAUAAAACAAACAAUGCUGCUGUAAUAUUUCUGAGAAAAACAGGAUUUUAGAUACAGGCUGGAAUUACUGAAUUAUUAUAAGUUGUUUUAAAUAUACAACCAUGCUUCUCAAAUAUUUCUUUUUUUCUCUUUUUCUUUUGAAGACAAAUUGAAGCUUUUAGGGUCUAGAAGUUACUUCAGUCUUCAGUUUGAGGUUUGAGAGCUGUGGAUGUGGUAAGUUUUAAAGGAUAACGGUUAAGGUUUCAAUCUUCUCUGUGUCUGCAGAACAGCUGCCAGUCACUCAUUCAGUCUCAAUGGAAAUUGAUGUUUAUGGAUAGAACUGACAAUCAUUGCCAAAAAAAGAAAACAAUGUGUUUAUAUGAUGUGAUAUUGAACGUAUAAGUGUCUUAAUUUAUAUUUUUAUGCUGUUAUAUGUACCAUAUGCAGAUUUUCCUUCUGCUGGCCAGUGUCAUGAAGGCAUUAUAAAUACACAGGUUUUAAUUUAAUUUUUAAAAAAGUUUCAUUUGUUUGCGGGUGAGUUAGGUGAAAAUAUUUUGUUUCAAUUUUGCACUAUUGAAAAUGAAUUCAGUUCUAAUUUCUGUUUCACUUUUUUUCAUAUGACUCACCCGUUUGUUUCUUUCUUUUUUAUAUAUAGAAUUAUAUAUCUUGCCUAAUGUAUUUUAUUGAAUCAUAUCUGAUUUAUUAUGUAAUGUAUUAUAUAAUUUUAUUGAAGGUGUAUAAUUUAAGAGAUAGUACUUUAUAGAUUCAUAUAUUUAGUUGAUGAAGGUUCAUUUGUGAUGGAAGCCGUUUGGCCGAUGUUGUCCAACACUUGUGUCCAUAAGAAAAUAAAUCCUUGUCAACGUGAA